UCCUCAGCAUGGCUUUUUGGCACUCCCCAGCGGGGGAUUGGUGCUGAAAGGCUUCAUUGUGUCGGGGAUUGAAUGGGGGAGUUUGCGUUUUGUGGAAGUCCGUCUGUUAUCAUCCACACAGCACGGAUUAACUGGCCUGCCCGAGUCCGAGCCAUGCGCGUUAUCAUGCCGCAAACCUCCAGCGGUGCAUUUAUUGUGCAUGAUACAGAUAAAUGCGUCCAGCUUCAGAGCCGCUGCCGCUGAGUGAACGAUGCUCAACAGCUCCGAAAAAUGCACGGAGGGCCCGACAGAUACGGAUUAACAAUGUAGGGAUGCUAUUGUCGAAGUCUCGCAUCUGAUACAGAGCGCUGCGGGUUUGCAUCGAUGGAGAGGGUGUCUGGUCACCUAUAAAAAGCCUGCACUAUCUUUUUUGGUUGCUUUUUGCCUCUUGAUUACAUUUUGGUGCUGAAUACGUUUUUCCAAAGGGUUUACCGUCGCUGGGCAUCAGACAAAAAACAUGGGGAACGCAGAAAGUAUGGAUGCUCAGCUCACAGAUUUCAGGGCGAGGGGCAGCAAACCCCCUAAACUGCCCAUGCCGGACCCGGCCGAACUGGAGGAGAGAUUUGCAAUCGCACUGAACUCUAUGAACCUUCCUCCGGAUAAAGUGAGGCUUCUUAGACAGUAUGACAAUGAAAAAAAAUGGGAGCUGAUAUGUGAUCAGGAACGAUUCCAAGUGAAGAAUCCUCCCCAUACGUACAUCCAGAAGCUCAGAAGCUUUCUGGACCCUGCCGUCACCAGGAAGAAAUUUAGAAGGCGAGUUCAAGAGUCUACUCAGGUGCUCAGAGAGCUGGAGAUAUCUCUUAGGACCAAUCACAUUGGGUGGGUGAGAGAGUUUCUCAAUGAGGAAAAUAAAGGGCUUGAUGUUCUUGUGGAGUACCUGUCUUUUGCCCAGUAUGCUGUCACAUUUGAUGGAGAUGUAACAGAGAGCACCACAGGUGAGACUUCUGUAGAGACCCCUUGGAGCAGGUCUAUAGAAGAUCUCCAUGGCGACAGCAAUCUACCAUCACCGGUCAGCGGCAGCAGCAUACCACGAUCCACACGGCACUCCAUUAGGUCUAAUACUUUGCCCAGUCGUAGAACUCUGAAGAAUUCACGUCUGGUGUGUAAAAAAGAUGACGUUCAUGUCUGCAUCAUGUGUCUCAGAGCUAUUAUGAACUACCAGUAUGGCUUCAACAUGGUUAUGUCCCAUCCCCAUGCUGUAAAUGAAAUUGCUCUGAGCCUUAACAACAAAAACCCCAGGACCAAAGCCUUGGUUUUGGAGCUGUUGGCCGCUGUGUGUUUGGUCAGAGGAGGACACGAGAUCAUCCUUGCUGCUUUUGACCAUUUCAAAGAGGUCUGCUCAGAAUCCCAAAGGUUUGAGAAAUUGAUGGAACACUUCAAAAAUGAAGACAACAAUAUUGAUUUCAUGGUGGCGUGCAUGCAGUUCAUCAAUAUUGUGGUGCACUCAGUAGAGGACAUGAACUUCAGAGUUCAUCUCCAGUAUGACUUCACUAAGCUCGCUUUGGAUGACUAUCUGGAGAGGCUGAAGCACACUGAAAGUGAUAAACUCAAAGUGCAGAUCCAGGCUUACUUGGAUAACCUGUUUGACGUGGGGACGCUUCUAGAGGACGCAGAGACCAAAAACGCUGCCCUGGAACGUGUGGAGGAACUGGAAGAGAAUCUCUCACAUAUGACCGACAAACUCUUAGAAACAGAGAAUGAGGCCAUGUCUAAAAUCGUGGAACUUGAGAAGCAGUUGAUGCAGAAGAACAAAGAGUUGGAUGCCGUCCGGGCUGUGUACCGGGACGCCAGCUCGCAAGUUCACACGCUUCGGCGGAUAGUUCGUGAGAAGGAUGAGACCAUUCAGAAGCAGUCCACUCUGGAGAAGAAAAUCCAUGAGCUUGAGCGCCGAGGCAGUCUCCAGAUCCAGGUGAGGGGUGAGGGAGAUGGGGAAGGAGACGUGUCUCCGCUGCCGUCACCUCCUCAGCCAAUGGCUCUUUCCCCCUGCCCUGAUGCCAUGGCUCUGGCCGGAGCCUGUGCUGGCGCAACUUAUAGCUCUGGCAGCAUGUCCCAGACUGGCACUCUCCGAGCAAUGGCCACACCACCUCCUCCUCCCCCUCCACCACCUCCAAUGGCAAGUUCCUCUGUUCCCAACGGCCCAUCGGCAGAUCUCGCUCCUCCACCGCCGCCUCCACCUCCUCCACCACCUCCUCCCCCACCUCCACCUCCUGGGCACUCUAUUGAGAUCUCUGCUCCUUUACCCCCACCUCCUCCUCCUUGUGCUCCUCCUCUCCCAGGAAGCGGCACGCCAACUGUCAUAUUCAACUCUGGCUUGACGGAUGGACCAAUCAAGCUCUUCUCUGUGAAAAAAAAGCCAAUCAAAACCAAGUUCCGCAUGCCAGUAUUCAAUUGGGUGGCUCUGAAACCAAAUCAGAUCAACGGCACUGUCUUCAAUGAAAUCGAUGACGAGAGGAUCCUAGAGGAUUUAAAUGUGGAUGAGUUUGAAGAAAUGUUCAAGACCAAAGCCCAGGGCCCUGCCGUCGACAUGACGAUGCAAAAGCAGAAGGCUCCUCAGAAGGGUCCCAAUAAAGUAUCACUACUGGAGGCCAACAGGGCCAAAAACCUCGCCAUCACGCUCCGCAAGGCAGGAAAGAGUCCAGAAGAGAUCUGCAAAGCAAUCCAGACGUUUGACCUACGUACAGUGCCUGUGGAUUUCGUGGAGUGUUUGAUGCGCUUCAUGCCCACUGAAAGUGAGGUGAAGAUGCUCCGCCAGUAUGAGCGGGAGCGACGGCCAAUGGACGGGGUCACUGAUGAGGACCGGUUCAUGAUGCUCUUCAGUAAGAUUGAAAGGCUGCCACAGCGGAUGACCAUCAUGGCCUUCAUGGGCAACUUUAGCGAUAGCCUGCAGAUGCUCACACCGCAACUGCAUGCUAUCAUAGCAGCAUCUGUAUCCAUAAAAUCAUCACAGAAAUUAAAGAAAAUCCUUGAGAUCAUUUUGGCCCUUGGGAACUACAUGAACAGUAGUAAGAGAGGAGCCGUUUAUGGCUUCAAACUUCAGAGCUUGGAUUUGCUGUUGGAGACCAAGUCCACAGACAGGAAGCAGACACUUUUGCACUACAUAGCUAAUGUGGUGAAGGAGAAAUAUCCUGUUGUAUGUGUUUUUUACAAUGAGCUGCACUACAUUGAGAAAGCUGCUGCAGUCUCACUGGAGAAUGUUCUCCUGGAUGUGAAGGAACUACAGAGAGGUAUGGAUCUGACCAGAAGAGAGUACAGCAUGCAUGGCCACAACUCCCUGCUCAAAGACUUCAUCCAUCACAACGAGGCCAGACUGAAGAAGCUCCUGGAUGAUGCUAGGAUUGCACAGGAUGCCUUUGACGAUGUUAUCAAAUUCUUCGGGGAGAGCCCCAAGACCAUGCCACCCUCUGUGUUCUUCCCUGUGUUUGUUCGCUUCGUCAAGUCCUAUAGGCAAGCGGAUGAAGAAAACGAACAGAGGAAGAGGCAAGAGCAACUGAUGAUGGAGAAACUUCUGGAACAGGAGGCCAUGAUGGAGGAGCACGAGAAUCAACAGUCACCAUCUCACAAGGGCAAGCGGCAGCAGCAGGAGCUGAUUACUGAGUUAAGGAAGAGACAAGGCAAAGAUAGCCGCCACGUCUACGAAGGCAAAGAUGGAGCCAUUGAGGACAUCAUUACAGACCUGCGCAGUCAACCCUUCCGACGGGCCGAUGCCCUGAGGAGGAGUGGGAGAAGGAACUUGGAGGUACAGCACCUUCAGCUACGCAACAUGGAGAUCACCACCUGCUAGCCAAGCUUGAUCAACUUUUAAGGACAGAAGGUGGGCCAAUGACACUACUGGAAAACAAGAAACAAAAAUAGCACACUUAGAACAAUGGAAGGAUGGAUAAAUAUGACAUUGAACUCUUCUGUUUACCUGGGAUCUGGCAUCUCGAUUUAAUGGACAGUUUUAAAGAAAGAAAGAUGAACAAAAAAAGGUGUAGAAUGUUGGAUGCAAUAUGUUGGACUAUACAGUCAAUGUGGAUUCUACCAAUGGACAUUAGGAAGAAAGAUUGUGGUUUUUAUGUUUAACUCUAUUCAAUUUUUGUGACAUUGUGUAUUAUGUACAAGACAGAGCAGAAAUGCCAAAGGAAGUCCUUGGAUUGGCCCACAAUUCAUUUUCAUUGUCAUUUAACCUCUAGUUUUAAAACUCCAAACUGAGCAGCUUUUUCUGAGGGGAAGAUUUACAAGAUGCACUUUUAAUUUUUCUUUAUUUUUAACUUUGAUCAUCUUAAAACUGAACUUUUGAUUAAAAAACACGGAUGAAGUGCUAGAGGGAGAUUCGAUCUUAAGCUGGACUUGAUACUGUAAUGCUAUUGAGGAUUACUUUUUGCAGACUGAAAAAUAACAUGAAAUGUUGAGAAAAUGUUUACUACCAAGCAUUCACAACCAAUGUGACACUGUAUGUACAAUACAUCUCAUUUUAAUCACAGACUUGCUCUCCUACUGGUUUUAUCUCAUGUGACAUUUGUGAGCUGUGGAAAAGAGUUUGCUGUUUUUUUAAAAAAGAAGACAUUUCAUUGGACAAAAAAAAAGUCUUUUUUUUAAAUGUACAGAUAUUUUGCUACAAAAUUGAGCCUCUUAUUUUUUACAUUGUUCAUCCAUUGUGGUGCUGUACAUAUUGUUGAAACAAACCAACUUGUCCUACAAUAUCACUGGAAUGUUAUUAACUUUUAUGUUGUUUAGUAUGACAGUAUUAUUUAAUCUGAUGGUGAAGACAGUGAAUCAACUUACUCUGUGACCUAAAUUGCUCUCUCAUCACUAUUGUUGCAUAUGGUAAAUGUCUGUGGUUGCACGUAACACUUGAAAGCUUGAACAGACACUAGUGGCACAUAUAACUUUUUUCUACUUUGAUCUCUUUAACUGGAAUCAGUGGUUGUGUGCAAAUAAAGCAAUGACACCAGCACCAUUAAAAACAAUGAUUCUUUGUUUUGUGUGGUCGAUGCAAGAAUUCAUUUUUAUUUUACUGAAAAUCUGGAUUGACAAGUGAGGAUGUUCAAAGAUAAAUGUGAUGUUGGAGCUACUUGAAAAUAAAAGUGGUGUGGGCACCUAAUGCUGCCACAAGGUGGUAGCAACCCCUUGUGUUCAAGGAUCUUAGCCAUCUCUUUUUUUUUUUUUUGGCCCCAGCUCCAUUGAACAGGCAUUUAGACUAAUAAACAUGGUCAGAUUACAGUUAUUAAUUUAUUUAAACAACUAUUCUUUUAUAAAAACUAUUUAAUUAAACUAUUCUUUUAUUAAAAUUGCCUAUUGCUGUGAUCUGCAAUACUAAAAAUGCAAUUUGCUAUAUGUUGUAAAAGAAGAGUGAUAUGUUCAGCAUAAAUUGUCUGAUAAAAUGCUUCAAAAUACUUUAACUAUCAAACUUAGACCCUCAUUUUUCAAAUAU